AUGCCUCCACGAAUACAUCUCCAAUCUCUUGCCCGGAGGACGAGACCACCACAUACCCUGCUCCAGCAUGAGCUACAAUCCAUCACAGCAUCGCUAUCGGCCCUUACGAGGUCAAGAUCAAUGGCAUCUGUUGCCCCGGCAGCUACCGCGACCUCAAUGUCACCCGAAACCCUCCAGCCGCUCUCUCACCGAAGACCAGAAUACCGCAAAUCCCAACUGCACCGACAAUACGCCUCGAUUCUACGCACAAUGCCAUUGAUCAUCUACUUCCAACAUAACAACCUCCAAUCCACCGAGUGGGCCAACAUCCGGCGCGAGCUGACCAAGGCUUUGCGUAAAGUUGACGAAAACAACGCUGCAAUGGGCAGAUCCGAGCCGGCGAUUGCAGACGCCAUCAAGCUACAGAUCAUUCAGACAUCUAUAUACGAGGCUGCCAUGAGGGUGGUGGAUUUUUACCGGCCUGAUACUGCGGCUGUUAGUGGACAGGGCCCGAUACUGGAUAAGGAGGAUCCUCGAUUAACGCAUGACUUGUCGUAUUCUGCCUACCGAGCUGUGCUGCCUAAGCGUGGACAACAUGACUUUUCCACCCUGCUUGUGGGACCGAUAGCUACGCUUUCGUUCCCGUCUGUGUCUCCGGACCAUCUGCGUGCUGCGUUCUCUAUUUUGGCUCCCACGGGGAAGACCGGCUUGUUCCCUCCACCUCCACGCAAGACGAACCCGGGACUGUACGAUCUGACUACGCAGGCUGGGUUGCAGAAGUUGAUGUUGCUGGGGGCCAGAGUGGAAGGAAAAGUGUUUGAUGCUGAUGAGACGAAGUGGGUUGGUAGCAUUGAAGGUGGACUUGGUGGAUUACGGGCUCAGUUGGUUGGUAUGCUGCAAGGCGUUAGCUCUGGAUUGGCUAGGACAUUGGAGAGUGCAGGAAAUAAUCUAUAUCUCACUCUUGAGAGCAGGAGGAGUGUUUUGGAAGAGGAGCAGAAUGGCGGCAAGAAGGAAGAGCAGACCGAGCAGAAGUAG